CGAUGUGACGAAGUGGGCGUGCCUGAUUGGUCGAAACAUGGCCACGCCUUCGUCGCACUCUGCCGGCAGACAUGAACUCGGAGUCCACUUUUCGAAUGGAGACGCACGCCUCAGCACCUCAUCCGACGCCGUUGAUCCGGGCUGGCCUUGUGGGAUUUGGCACUGCGGCCACGUUCUUCCACGUGCCGCUCUUGCAGGCAAGCGGUCGAUUCAAUAUCACCCACGUCGUCGAACGCACGCACAGUCGAAGUCGUGCAAUCCUUCCAAAUGCCACGAUCGUUCGCUCCGUCGAAGCCUUGUUGGAAGCGGCACCUCCCGUGGACGUCAUCGUGAUUGCCACUCCAACCAAUAUGCACUACGUCCAGGCGAAAUUGGCCCUCCAGGCAAAGAAGCACGUCGUGGUGGACAAACCUUUCUGCGUCACCCAUGCAGAGGCGACGGAGCUUGUCUCGCUGGCUGCUGCGCAGGGUGUAAUGUUGUCUGUGUUCCACAACCGACGAUGGGACAGCGAUUUCCUCACAGUGCAAGAUCUCGUGCGCCGUGACGCUUUGGGCCACGUGCGCUAUGCCGAGAUCCACUUCGACCGGUAUCGCCCGGAACCAAAACACAACUGGAAAGAAGAUCCUGCUGUCGCUGGUGGCGGUUUGCUCUACGACCUCGGGUCCCACCUGGUGGAUCAAAUGCUCGUCUUGUUUGGCCCUCCGGCGACUAUUCAAUGCACAGUUGAGACCCAGCGCGACUACGGCAACAAUGUCGGCACGGACGAUUACUUCUGCCUGACUUGCCAUUACGACGACGGCCUGGUCGUCGUCCUGACAGCUAGUAUGCUCGUGAAAGAGCUUGGCCCCAAGUUUAUUCUCCGAGGAACCAAGGGCACAUUUGAAAAGUACGGGCUGGACACACAGGAAGCGUCACUGCGCAGCGGCAACUCUGUCCGAGGGCCAACAUUUGGCGAGGAAGACGAGACGAUGUGGGGAACGUGGACAGAAGGCCCGUACGCAGGGAACCGCGUACCGAGCCUCCGGGGCAACUAUGUGGAAUUCUACCAAGGGGUAGCCGAUGCUAUGAAACAUGGCACCCCGGCCCCUGUCCUCGCUGAGGAUGCUGCUCGCGUGAUUCAGAUUGUCGAACACGCCAAAAUGACGAGCCACAAACGGCUCGACGUGGCUGCGUAGACCGACUGGCGAUGACCCUUUGUUUCAGUCUGUGGUCCAUCGAUGCAAACGAAAGUGUUUCAUCCGUUC